GGUGUGGCGCCCUAUGACCUAUUCGCCGCUGCACUGGGCGUGCGCGCGCCCCAGGGGCGCGAGGUCGGGGGUGGGGGCUGUCGCAGUGGCUGGUGGCGGCGGCCGGUAGCAGGGUGGUGGCCGUGCCGCUCGCCGUGCUGUGGCGAUGCGGCGGACCGCCCAGCAGUGCCUCCAGGGAAUCCGCUUUCAGCACUUGGCUCUGUGGAAGAGACAGACGUCAGUUUCCCAGUGGCCGUGUUCAAAACCACCCAGAGCAUGUGGGGUCCCCGACCAUGGAUUGAACCCUCGCCCCCUGCAGUGGAAGCACAGCGUCCUAACCACUGGACCGCCAGGGAAGUCCCCACUGGAGACUUUUUGAAGCGUUCAUUAAUUUUGAGCCAGGCUGGGGAGGAACUAGUGAACCAAAGGAUGCUGGUCCUGGACGGAUGGAGAGAAGAGAGGAGGAAAGCGGGACGACUUUGCCUGGUGGAAACGGUCGCAGAAGGGAGAGGUUCCCUGGGUGACAAGGAUUUCUGCAGUCUGGCCGUUCUGGGGUCAGGUGUUGCUAUGAGAUUUCUCUACUUCUGUUUCUGAGAUCCUCGGAAGGAAAUCACCUGGAAGCACUUCGUGCAGUAUUACCUGGCGAGAGGUCUGGUGGACCGGCUGGAAGUCGUGAAGUUUGUGCGUGUUAUUACUGCCCCUGGGACAUCGUCUGAGAAGUUUGUGUGGUUCAACAUCAGCAGCGUGGACACCUUCGAGUGCAACCUGGAGACCACCCACUGGGAGCUGGGCAUCGAGGUCCCGGGGCAGACGGCUGUGGUCUACACCACCGAGAGCGAUAGGUCUUUCUUGCGAAGCCUGGUGCCUACCUUUCCCCUGAUCGGAAUCCUCCUCUAUGUCGCGAGGAGGGGCUCGAUGGGGGCUGGGCGUGGCAGGCGAGGAGGGGGCCUCUUUACCGUUGGCGAGACCACAGCCAAGAAGAUCAUGAAGAACACCGUCGGCGUGCGCUUUGCGGACGUGGCUGGUUGCGAAGAAGCCAAGUUGGAGGUCAUGCAGUUUGUGAAUUUCCUGAAGAAGCCCAAGCAGUAUCAGGACCUCGGGGCCAAAAUUCCAAAGGGAGCCAUGCUCACUGGUCCUCCUGCUACCGGCAAAACGCUUCUCGCCAGGGCGACUGCGGGGGACGCCAGCGUGCCCUUCAUCACCGUGAACGGGUCCGAGUUCCUGGAAAUGUUUGUCGGCGUCGGUCCAGCUCGGGUCCAUGACGUGUUUGCAAUGGCCCGAAAAAAUGCUCCCUGUGUCUUAUUCAUUGAAGAGAUUGACGCGAUUGGCAGGAAUCGCGGCCGUGGGCACUUUGGGGACCAGGGCGAGCAGGAGACCCUGAACCAGCUGCUCGUGGAGAUGGACGGGUUCAGCUCUACCACAAGCGUCAUGGUGCUGGCCAGCACCUACCGCCCCGACAUCCUUGACCUGGCCCUGACACGGCCCGGCCGGUUUGACCGUCAGAUUUACACUGGCCCCCCUGACAUCAGAGGCAGGUCGUCCAUCUUCAGGGUCCACCUGCAUCCACUCAAGUUGGACGAGAGCCUCAGCAAGGACGCCCUGGCGAGGAAGCUUGCGGCCCUCACUCCAGGCUUCAUGGGUGUCGAGAAGAAGACGCAGGCCCUGCAACCCAGCAAGAAGAUGACGGUGGCCUACCAUGAGGCUGGCCACGCGGUGGUGGGCUGGUUUCUGGAGCACGCAGACCCCCUGCUCAAGGUGUCCAUCAUCCCCCGGGGCAAGGGGCUCGGCUACGCCCAGUGCCUGCCCAGGGAGCAGUACCUGUACGCGCGGGAGCAGCUCUUCGACCGUAUGUGCGCCGUGCUGGGUCCGCGUGGCCGCGUGGCCGAGCAGCUGUUCUUCGGGCAGAUCACCACAGCCCAGGACGACCUGAGGAAGGUCACCCAGAGUGCGUACGCCCAGAUUGUGCAGUUCGGAAUGAGCGAGAAGCUGGGCCAGGUGUCCUUCGACCUCUCCCAGCCUGGCGAGGCGCUGGUGGAGAAGCCGUACAGCGAGGCCACGGCCCAGCUCAUCGACCAGGAGGCUCGGCGGCUGGUCAGCUCUGCGCACGCGCGCACCCUGGACCUGCUGAUGCGCUGCCGGGAGCGGGUGGACAAGGCGAGUGGGGCCGGCCCGUCCCCAGGGUCGGGAUGGGGGCCCUACAGGGCGCCGAUCGGACGGCCUCACGUGGCCCGGUGUGCAGGUGGGCAGGCGGCUGCUGGACAGGGAGGUGCUGGAGCGGGCCGACGUGGUGGAGCUGCUUGGGCCCCGACCCUUCGUGGAGAAGACCACCUACAACAAGCUCGUGGUGGGCACGGGUGGCCUGGAGGAGGACACGUCCCUUCCCAAGGGGCUGAAGGGCUGGCGCCGGGGGCCGGAGGAGGGCGGCACGGAGUGCCCCAUGCAGGAGAGCCCAGCCCAGCGCCCCUGCCUGGAGAGAAGCCUCCGGAAUCUCCAGAGAGCAAAUUAAAACGCGUGAUAAUCACAAAUGGGUGUUUUCAGGUCAGGGUCCUCUGAGCCCACGGGGAUUCCAGCUCCCAGAACGUGCCCUUCCACCGAGGUGGGGGCUGGGACCCUGUUCCCGAGUCAGGGGGGAGGGCAGUGGCUGAAACUCACCUGCCCCCUGUGGGCCUGCGUGUAGGACCCCCUGGGCCUCCCCCAAGGUGGGUGGUGGGCUCAUCUGCUGGGGACAGCUGCCCAGUGGGGGGACAUUGGUGCUGGUCCCCUCACCUGCCCUGGGGAGAGACGGAGAGCGGGCUUUUGGCCCAGUUCAGAAAUCCUCAAGGUCUGGUGAGGUUCAGAAUUGAGGAAAGGAGAAUACUAGCCGGGCGCCAAGCGAGCAGCGGUCAGCGGGGUAGAAGACCCGUGAGUCUUCAUGGAGGGGCCUCGCCACUUCCACAGGCGGGGUGUCUGGGGCGUACCCGAGUGGAGCCACCCCUGUUCUCAGGGUCGGGGCCUUGCCAACCGUGCGUCUCCGGGAAGCUGCGUUCCUUGUGGCCCGUGUUGUUAGGGUCCAGGAGAGGGGGCUCUGGGUUGCUCCACGUGGUAGGACAGCCACCGGGGGUCGUAGCUAAGCUCCAGGGCUGAGCCUUCCAUUCGCCGGUUGGUCCUGGAGCGAGACUAGGGCCCAGCCCCCGGGGAGUCGGGGUGAGUGGAAAUGGCCCCGCGGGUCCCCAGAGCACGGCCAGGGCGUCGGAGUUGUCAGACUUGUGACAGUAGCAGCAGCUGCGGCCGUGGGGCGGGCGACGCGGGCUGAGUGUGCGAGCAGGGGCACCGCCCCACGUGCCCGCCGCUGCUGUCCCGGCCGUGGCCACACGCUGGGCCUCGGGGAUGAAAUUUUCCAAAUUGUUUGGUAUG